GUGAGCUACUGGUAUUUGCAGAGUGUAAGUUACUAGACUUGGUUGAAGUAACAUGGCUGAGGGUAAGGAGGAAGUGAAAUAUUACCGGCUGGAAGAGUUGAAGAAGCACAACAUUGGCAACAGCCCGUGGAUUCACGUUAAUAACAAAAUAUAUGACGUGACCAAAUUUCUGGAUCAGCAUCCAGGUGGAGAAGAGGUGCUGAAAGAACAAGCAGGAGGUGAUGCUACAGAAGCCUUUGAAGAUGUUGGACAUUCUACUGAUGCACGUGAAAUGACCAAGCAGUACCUCAUAGGAGAGCUUCACCCUGAUGACAGAGGUGCUUUUGUAAAGCCAAAGGAGCCAGUUGUUGUAGAGUCAGCCGAAUUGAGUUGGUGGUAUGGUUGGAUAAUCCCAGCAAUAGCAGGCAUGACUAUGGCUCUCUUGUAUCGCAUCUACAUCGCAGAUCACUGAACAACGCACAGAAGGGAUAUUGGCACUACUUUGCAUUGAUUUGAAAUCUGUUGCAAAUCAGUUUAUUAAGAAAUGCCAAAUUAUUACUUUCACUGAAGGAAUUUUGGAAUAGAAAUUGUUAUGUUUGCAUGCCCAUAUUUCUGUACAGGUAUUGGUUCCAUUGACAAUAUCUCUGAAUGCUAUUUUGUCAGCACCCCAGGCUGAUAUUUGGGUCCUUCAAAUUGGUUAAUAAGGGAACCAACUUUUUUUUUCCCUGAAGAAUCUCUUGAGAAAUUAGAUGGCAGUAUAGCAGGUACCAGCCUCGAGUAUGUGGGGGGGGGGGGGGGGGGGGGGGGGAGGAGUAGCAUCUUUCUAUGGGGAAGUAAUGGUCCUGACAAUUGCCCACUUCCAGUGCUCAAGCUAAUCUUCACCUAGCAACCUACCCCAGGACCACUGCUUGGAGCCCAAAAUGUUCUUUUGUGGAUGAAUUGCUUAUGAAUGCAUGAGAAGUGCUGGUUGUUUGCCCAGGAAACACUGACGAAACCUGAGGGAUAGGUUUGCACCUGAAAUUCUAUUAAUUAAUAGGACCAUAACAUAGAUGUUUUUAUGUGCAGUGGUUACAAAUCAUAUUUGUUUUGAUCUAAUGAAUUUGCCUAGCUAGAUUAUGCCAUUUUUAUUCUCUGCGUGACUUCUACCUGCUGUUGUAUUUUCCCAUCUAGUACCCAUAAUCCCUCAAUUUACCUCCCCUUCAUGAAUUUUCCUUGAGAGUUAGUAAAAAUCCCAUUGUAACAAAUAGCCCCAGACCCCUACCCUUUUUUAUCUCCUAGUAUCGGUUACAAGAAAAUUUACUCAUUUGGUUUAUAAUCUGUACUUUGCCACUCAAAUACAUUUGAUGCCUUUUGAUACUACUGUGAUUUUUAAUAAAUGUUGACAAUAUUAUAACUUGCUCUGCUCCUUCUAAUUAGGAGAAAGUGUCAAGUGAAUUUUGAACUAUUCAAUUUAAUUUUGAACACUGACCUAUUAACACUGCUAAACUUGUAGAUCAGUGCAACAUGAAUUUUCUGAGCCUAUGUUGUAUGCAAGAGUUUGUACACGUAGUAAUAAUGCUUGAUAUUGACUACUGCAUUGUAUUCUUGUUUCAUUUACCUGAGUAAUGUAUCUCUAUGGGAAUGCAGAAUGAUGAAUGCAUGGAUUUUGUCUGCAUUCAAAUUGUAUAGGUGGGUAUCUUUUUUAAUAGUGAUGAAUGGGCUGUUCACAGAAUUAGAUAGAAUUACUCAAAUUAUUCUAACUGAGCUAUGCUGUUAUGUGUACUCUGUUCUAAUUCAUGGUCUUCCCAUACUGCCCCAUAAUCAUUCCAUUUUCCCUCAGGAGCAUCAGGUCUUCCCUUUUUAAAUGUCUGCUGCAACCAUUCCUUGUGGCCGCACUUCCACAUUCUCAUUCAUCAAGUGAAUAAAUCCCUUAGUUAAAAUUGCACUUGGGUAAAAUUGUGCACCUCAGCGGCUUUGCCUAGAGGUUCUAUAUCUUACAAAGAAUUUUAUUGCUCCCGGUUCAAUGCAGUUCAGUAAUACUUUUUCCACAAAAGUCUUUUGUAUAAAGGAAAUAAUAUGUAUUCAUUGUAUCAAAUGGGCAUUGAUGCAAUGAUAUUUAUGUAUGUGGGUCUUACUGUAGUCUGACAGAUGAGACUUGUGUGGAUCAGAAAAAAUAUUCAAUUGAUUUUUGACCCUGAACUGCUAAAUGUGAAAGAUUAGCAAGUUCUGUUUUUAUUAUUGCAAUAGAUGGUUAAGAUUGGGUUCUGCUUGAAUAUCAUAUGAGGAAUAGGAUUUGAUUUGUCAUUUGUUCUCUCUGUUGUUAGACAACUUUUUUAAAAUCCUGUGUACUUUGGCAGGGGAAGGGGGUGCAUGCAGAGGGAGAAAAAUAGCCAAUGGACAACUUUACGUGAUUACAUUUAACUAAGAAGAGUUGCCAAAGUAACUUGGGAGGGAAUAAUCCUUGUAGCUGUCUGAUUAUCAUAAUCAGAUUGUUCCCAUUGGAAGGUUUUUCUUGAUGAAUUGCUGAAGUUCUUCAACAUGUCUUGAUUUUUGACAAUGCCUUUUGGGUGAUGUGCAAAGUAAUGCCAUUCUGAACUAACAGUUGCUGUAAAACAAAGCAUAUUUGCCAAAAAGUAAUUUUCCAUGAACAUUACUACAGAACAGUGUACCUGAUGAAAUGUAAAUAAAUGCUGUAAUAUAAUACU